CCUCCACACCUGAGCAGAGGUGACAGAGCAGGUCACACACACACACACGCACACACACGCACACAGAGAGACAUGAGAACACACAAGCUAUGCAUCGCUCUGCUGGGCCUGCUGCUGCUGGGGUCCUUCAGCAUUCAGGCCGGUGACCCCAAGGAUGACCCCAACAAGGCAACAGAGGCAUCAUCAGCAGAGACACAAGAGGACACCUCAGAGGAGACGGACAAGAAGCCAAAGAAGGAGAAGACAACAAACAUAGAAGAAGAAAAAGACGUUUUGGUUCUACACUUCAACAAUUUUGACAGAGCUCUCAGCGAAAAUGAGUUUUUACUGAUUGAGUUUUAUGCUCCCUGGUGUGGCCACUGCAAAGAGUUUGAACCGAUUUACGCCGAGGUCGCAGAGAAACUGAAGGAGGAGGAGGCAGGGAUGCGAUUGGCCAAGGUGGAUGCCAUCGAGGAGAAGGAGCUGGCUGAUGAGUUUGAGGUCGGAAGCUUUCCCACUCUGAAGGUGUUCAUCAACGGGGACCGCAAACUGCCAUUGGACUACACCGGUAAAAGAUCAGUGGAGGGAAUAAUUCAAUGGAUGAAGCGUCGCGCCGGUCCCGGGACUUCAAAUCUUGACUCUGUGGACUCUGCGGCCAAGUUCAUUAGCACCCACAAUAUCUCUGUUGUAGGAUUCUUCAGUAGUUUGGAAAGUGAUUCUGCCCAGGUGUUCAAGGAGGUCGCUUUUGAUUUGACUGAUGUUGAGUUUGGAGUUACUGUAACUCCUGAAGUGUUUCAGAAGUAUGAAGUGAAAUCAGACUCAGUGGUACUGUUCAAAAAGUUUGAUGAUGACAGAGAAGACUAUGUGUGGUCAGAAGAAGAGAAAUUAGACAAACACAACCUGACCGCCUUCAUCAAGGAAAACAGCCUGGAGCUCAUCAUUUCAUUCAACCCUGAGGUAGCAGACAAGAUCUUUGCUUCUCGCAUCCGCCUGCAUAGCCUGCUGUUCAUCAACUCCACAGUGCAGGGUCAGCUGCAGCUGGUGGAGGAGGCCAAGGCUGUUGCCAAGGAGUUUAAGGGCAAGAUGCUGUUUGUUCUGAUUGAUGUGACACAGGCCCUGUCACAUGUGCUAAAUUAUUUUGGAGUGUCAGAAAGCGACGCACCCACUGCAAGGAUCAUCCACAUGGAAACACAGAAGAAGUUCAGUAUUCCCUCUGGAGCUCUAACAGCAGAUUCACUGUGGCUGCUGUGUCAGGAAGUUGUUGACGGCAUUGCAAUGCCAUACUAUCGUACUGAAGAAAUCCCAGAGAACUGGGACAAAGAACCAGUCAAAGUCCUGGUGGGCAAGAAUUUUAAAUCCGUGGCUCUGGACCCGGCCAAAAACGUCUUUAUUGAGUUUUAUGCUCCAUGGUGUGGACACUGCAAAGAACUGGCUCCAAUUUGGGACCAGCUGGGAGAGAAAUAUGCUGAUCAUGAAAACAUCAUCAUAGCCAAGAUGGACGCCACAGCCAAUGAAGUGGAAUCGCUUGUCAUUUCAGGAUUUCCAACCAUCAAAUAUUACCCAGCUGAAGGCAAAGAGGUGGUCGACUACACUGGAAACCGAGAUCUGGAGACAUUUAGGAAGUUCCUGGAUAGCGGAGGAGUUUUACCACAGGAAGAAAGUGGCGAGGAUGAUGAUGAUUAUGAUGAUGGUGAGGAGAGCUCAGAUGUUAAAGAAGAAGACAGCACUGGUGAUCAAAGCAAGGAAGUAGACGAGUCUGCAGAAAUUUCUGAGAACAAGACAUCCAAAGAUGAACUGUAAUUGUGCUAAACACAUAUUAAUAUCAAGCUAUCUUCUUCCAGUUUCCAGUGUUUAUACAACAUAGGAAUUAUUGUCUCUGUACUGAGAAUUACGAGUGUUAAAGCUCUCAGUUUCCUACUUUUAAAACUAUUUGAUUCUUAAAAUGAUAAAAUUUUAUUUGACAACUUGAGGACGAAGAAUAAAGAUGUAUUAAGGAAAAAAACUAAA